AUUAUUUUUAGGAGCAGAAACAAAAAGGACCCCCUCUAUUGCCUCCCCUCCGUUGCCCCGCUCGAACGAAAACCGCAGCAGAUCUUCUCCGAUCUUCCCGCUAUGGCCGCGCACGUCCCCGGAUCCCUGCAUCAUCUCCUCCUCCUCCUCGCCGCCGCGCUCCCCGCCAGUGCCCUCCGCUUCGACCUGCAUUCGGGGCACACCAAGUGCAUCUCCGAUGACAUCAAGGUCGGCGCCAUGGCCGUCGGCAAGUACCACAUCGUGGCCCCCGACGACGGCUCCCUCUCCUCCUCAUCGCAGCAGCAGCUCCCGGACUCCCACCGCAUCUCGCUGCGGGUCACCUCGCCCUACGGCAACAGCCUGCACUACUCCGAGAACGUGCAGUCGGGCAACUUCGCCUUCACGGCCUCCGAGGCCGGCGACUACCUCGCCUGCUUCUGGGCGCCCGACCACCGCCCGUCCGCCACCGUCGCGUUCGAGUUCGAUUGGCGCAGCGGCGUCUCCACCAAGGACUGGGGCACCGUCGCCAAGAAGGGCCAGGUCGAUAUGAUGGAACUGGAGCUCAAGAAGCUGGAGGAUACCAUCAAAUCCAUCCAUGAAGAAAUGUUUUACCUUCGUGAAAGGGAAGAAGAAAUGCAGGAACUGAACAGGAGAACAAACUCAAGAAUGGCUUGGCUCGGUUUCCUCUCACUCGCCAUUUGCUUAUCAGUGGCAGGUUUGCAGUUGUGGCAUCUGAAGAACUUCUUUGAGAGAAAGAAGCUGCUAUGAUUCUUUUAUAACCACAGAACAUUUAGGCAUAAUUUUUGUGUUAACUUUCCUUUUAUUUUUGUUGGGCAAACAAUUUCCUCAGAGGAACAAAGAUAUUAGCACAGCUGAGAAAUAUUGAUUUCUUAGUUUCCUAGGCCAAAUUAAAUAGAUGUAAAAUUCAAAGCAGACUUCAGGUUUUGGUUUUCUUUGGUCGUGAACUAUGUUAUUUAUCCCUCAAAAUAUUUUUUUAAUCCUUGGGAGCAACUGUUGUGUGAUGUCCUGGCUCUGUCACCAACCAGCACAACCAAAUCCAUCAACCAGGGAAUCAUCUGCAUCCUGAGAAGACUGAAAUUGGUUUCAUUUGGGUUAGGGCACGAGUUAAUUGUGCAAGGCAGACACGAUUAAGGCCGGACUACCUUAUGAGCUUUAGUGACUAAGAAGUGAAAAGGUAAGCGACUGACUUUUCGUUUUUAAUCAUAUGUUGCAUAUUCCCUUUGCUUGCAAUUACAAACUGAGGUGCCUUGCUUACUCACUUCCUUUUCCAUCUUUAAGGAAAAGUUCACCUUUUGGAAUGAAUUUUGAACGCAAUUGUUAUAAAACUGAAAUAAUUGCAUGUGAAAACAAAAGUUUACAGGCAACGCAAACGGUACUCCGAAACGGUACUGAUACUGAUACUGAUCCAUCCUUGCAAGCACAAAUAUAUUGCCUCACGCGGGAACACACGCCACACUGGAAAGACACUGGAAAGGCAGUGCAUUGUGCAUUGGGAUCAUUAGGAAGUUGAAAGUAAAGUCAAAGAACGCCUGAUGCUGAAACGAUUUGCUGUCGCAUAUUUGUGAUCAUGUAGAUAGCAGCGUGAUAGGACCACUAUGCAAUGAUAUUUCCAUAUAGGACGAAAUCAUCCCAAAAUGACGAGACUUUUGUUCGACCACUGGUAAAGACAUUUUCGAAACACUACAGGUAAUGGCACUGGCGGUUACAGACCAUGGGAGGCGAUGUCCCCUCCUUAUCUCCAGAUUUCUCAAGAUAUCACUUAUUAUUACCAAUAGUUGUAACAAAAGUUCAAAUACAUUUAUGUUUCUCUUGGUUUGGCGCCCUCAAUAUUUUCCU